AUGGAUAAAACUAGUGUUUUUGACAAUAGAAAUAGAAAUAAAAAUAGUAGAUAUAAAAAUAAAAAUAAUACAAGUUAUAAUAGUAUGAAUAAUAAGAAUAAUUAUAAUUUAUACAAUAGUAAUAAAAAUGAUAAAAAUAAAAUGGAUGAGGACCAAAUAUACUAUGAUUUAGAUGAGGGUUAUCACUCAAGUAAUAGUAAAGGUAGUGUUGGUUCCAACAAUCAAGAUUAUAAACUAGCUAGUAAUCAAAAUAAAAUGUUUUUUAGCAACAAGAAAAAAUGGUUCUUUUUUAUAUUUCUUUUCAUAUUAGCAGUAUAUUUUUUCAAUAAUAGUAAAAAUAACAAUAAUAUUAAAUUAAUAGAUGACGACAAGUUUGAAAAUUUCUUUUCAAAUUUAAAAUUUCCUAAUAAAUACGGUAAAAUAGGCGAUACAAUUAGAACUCACAUAUAUAUAAACAAUAUUAAAAAAGAUAAAAGACCGAUUAGUAUUCUUAUUUCAAGUAAAAAUAAUACUUUGAACGAUUUAAUCAAUUAUUUUUACUCAUUCAAUAAUCCACUAAACUUAAUAAACAAUAGCAUAGAUAUAGACUAUAUUUUAGUAUUCAAUCAAAAUGAAAAGUCACAAUCCAUUAGGGAUAAAAUCAAAUAUCAAAAAAAAAAUAAAACAACCUCAAAUAUUUAUAUUUUCAAAAUCGAUACUAGUCAAAUAAAAAGUGGUUCAAUCAUUGACUUUGGACCUAUUGAGGAUAUUAUUGAUGGGUCAUCCGAAAUAAAUGUUUCUAGAAAUAAUUUAUUCUUAUUUUUAUCAGAUGUGGGUCAAACCAAAGAGAUUGAUGAUGAUGAAAAAAAAAGGGAAUUUAUUAUUGGAGAAUCAAAACUAAUUUUUCAGCACAGAUUUUUACACAGGAUAAGAAGCACACUUUCAAUUCAAUAA